CGGCAAGAGCUUCUAAGCUUUACUUUUCGCCGUGCUUGACGGUGUCGACCUCCUCGUUGCCACACGUUAUACUCUCUGGUGCUGUCUGGUCCUCUCGUCUCAUCUGCUUUCAUAUCAGACCACCACUAUAUCCCGGAAAAAAUGGCCGCAACGUCGAUGGCGGCAGCCCUUGCUGCAACCCUUCCCGCACCACAGACAGCACCUACACCUGCUGCACCUACACAUGAAGCCAUCCCGGCAUCGAUGUCCAGGGUGAUCGACAUUGAGGCGGAAAUCCCCUUGACCUGCGUGCAGCUCGACGGCCUGGUGGUCACGAAGAUCAUCAAGCAUUCACGCGAAGCGCAGGGUCCUCUUGCACAUGGGCUCGUUCUCGGCCUCGACCUUGACGGUACCCUGGAAGUUACAAACUCGUUUCCCCUGCCAAACCACGCAUCGGACGAUGAUGACAAGUCGGCGAAGGGCAUUGCGCGGUACCAGUCGACAAUGCUGCGUUCGUUGAAGGAGGUGCAGGCAGAUGACAGCGUGGUGGGAUUCUACCAGGCCAUGACAUUGGGGUCAUUCUUUAAUCAGACGCUGGUCGACACACAAGCCAUUCAUCAGGAGAAGCUAAGGCACGGCGGGGUUGUCAUUGUGCACGACCUGUCGCAAACCGCUCGCGGCAACGCGUCUUUCCGGGCGUUCCGGUUAACGAAAGCGUUCUUGGACGCUUACAAGAGACACAACUUCAGCACAGUCAGCCUAAUAAACCACCGGCUUACGUUCUCAUCUAUUCUGGAGGAAGUUACUCUCAAAAUCCGGACGAGCCCCCUGUUGGGGUCGUUCCUGGAGACGCUCAAGGAAGCCACCCCAUCAUCACCGGCGGACGUAAGCCCGUCAUCAGGAGCAUCAGCGCAGACGCUGCCACCCUCGUUUUCGACGCUUAAUCUCGGAACAUCGAGCGUCUCUCGGAAUCUCGAGUUGAUCAUUGAAGCCGUGGAUAACUAUAAGACGGAGGAGGGCAACCUCGCGUACCUGCAGCGGCAAAUUGCGAGGGAGAAGGUGAAGACAGACGCAUACGUCGCGAAACGGAAGGAAGAGAACGCGACGCGGGCGGCACAGGGGCUGGCGCCAUUGCCUGAGGAGGAUGUGAGCAGGCUGUUCAAGAUCCCUCCGGAACCGAGCCGGCUGGAGAGCAUGCUGCUCCUCGGAAGGAUCGACGCGUAUGCGAAGAGCCUGGCCGAGACAUCGAGCACGGGGUUGGUGAAGAUGUAUGCUGCAAAGGCCAAUUCGAGUACAUGAUGCCCUUGUCUUCUUACGCAGACCUAUAAAUCUCCUUUUUGAGGACAGGAGAUACGAAGAUAAUGUCCGCAUUGUGGCCCCGAUGGUGCACAUGGCGGGCGCCGAGUCGGCAAGGGGACGGCCGGCAAGGCGUGGGAGACAACCCUGGAAAAUUCCAUAAAACAAAAUAAUGCCCGCAGCAGCGGUCUUACGUGCACAACGUUGGUGGUGACCAUCGCGUAGACGUCCUCUCUCCAGCCAGGGCUCAGUUCCUCCCCGUCUCUCUUUAUAAAGGGCUCUCCUUUCUUCCCCGCUUUCAACUCGAGGCUCUGCUCGCCCGGCUACACUCCUACCCACCCUCUCUAGCACUUACUCUCUCUUGCCGUCUUUGCUGCCAUGUUCGUCACCAAGGCCUUCCUUCUUUUUGGCCUCGCCCUCUCCGCAUCUGGUCUCAGCGUACCGCACAUUAAUGCGCGCAACGCU